AUGCUGUCCUGCUUCGGCUUCGGCCGGCCAUCGCGCGAGGAACGCGAGCGCGAGCCGCUUCUACCUCGCUAUAACGACGAUACAGCCUUACAACGACGUCUUCAUGAGAAGCUACACACGUAUCAAAUGCUUCGAGCUAUCGGAAAAGGUUAUAUGCCGUCAAACGAGCAGCUCAUCACCAAUCUACGCACCCUUCUGUCUGCCGAUAUCCUCAAUCCAGAUACCCCGGAUCUCAGCGACUCGGGACGUGCCCUCGUUCUGAAUGUCAAGCUCUUGAUCAAACAACUCAUCGAGCUGCUUAUUCACAAGAACGAAAAGGACCAGAUCCAGGACUUUAUCUGGUAUCUUACCAAGGCCCGCCUGUCUGUUGACGCGUACGACAUUGGUGCUCGAGCAUCCAAGGCCAAAGCGAGGGCUGAUACAGUUGCGGCAUACAAGAGCCUACAAACAGUUGGGUCUCUGAUACUCACCAACCCUGACUUCCGAUUGUUCCUAUCUGAUCUGAGUACUGUUGGACGCGAGGUUUUUCGGGACACUGCGUUCACUUUGUCCGACGUCUCAAAGCAAGCGGCGAAGGAGAUUGAGCCGUCGCAGCAAGAGGAAGAAGCAGUCAAACAUCCCAGCGGGGAUUCGAAGCCUCCGCCAUCCAAAGAUGACCUUCAAGAUGAAGUUGUUGGAGUCUCGAAGGUUGUCGCUGACGGCGUCGCUCGUGUGGCGGAUGAGGCUGGCCACAGUCUGGCAGAUCACAUCACAGGCGAGGAGCAGGAAACACUCGUACACAGAUUGAAGCAAACCGUUGUCAACCUACGCGACAGGAAGGAUUACUCCGAUUCCGUUUCGACACUCUCCCUGUUGGUUAGGCGCUAUUUGCUGGUCUACUCUCACGCCAUUUCGGACACUGUUCAGGUUGCCCAGGAGGAUAUCGAUACCAAUCCGGAGGCCGACCGCGCGCUCCAUAACUUCUGGCUGUUCUUGACAUCUUUGGGUGACCGUGAGCAGUGGAAUGAAGUUGAACGCAUGUUCAAGGUGGUCAUGGAACAUGGCAAUAGUGACCCUGAGUUUGACAAGCUCGUCAGACAAAUUGGCAAUCUGCUCCAAGACAUGCUUACGGAUCCCGACUUCUUCGAACAUGCCGAAGACCGGUUCAAAGAGCUGAGAGAAAAGUCGAAAGAGUUGACCUCGGAAUCUUCCAUACGCGAUGAUCUUGACGCCUUACUGGACCGUGUGCAUCUGGCCUUGCACUCUGUUCUUGAGGACACCGACAUCAAGAAACUUUUGAACACGACGAAGAGGAUUCUCGAAACCCUGUCCCCAAGCAACCAGUAUACGAAUGGAGAAUUACUGGCCGAUUCAAUCAACAUCUUCGUACCCUUGUUGAUUCAAGCUAUUCAGUACAUCCCGAUUCCCCGGAUAGAGAUUUCGGUGCCCACGAUUGACCUCCUUCUUGAGAACUUGAUUCUAGAGCCAGGCCGCACCGUUAACAACAGCUCAUUUCUACCCUUCAAGCUCAAUAUUUCGACCCAGAACGAUGUCGAAAUUCGGAAAGCCCGGUUCCGGACGACUACUUCGGUCACCACUCUCAUGAGGAUCACCCUAUCGGGCUUGUCUAUUGCGGCUGAGGAUCUCGGAUAUUGGCUGCGCCUUCAUUCGGGCAUAUUGAGACUUACGGAUGCUGGUAUCGCGGGAUUCCAUCUAGACGAGCGCGGCAUUGACGUUGCAAUUGAUGUGGAGGUAGGAAAGGAUCGCCUCGAAAGCAUAUUGAGCCUUCACAAUGUCCAUGUCCGCAUCCAUCAUCUCGAUUACAGCUUGCGGAAGAGCAGCUUUUCUUGGUUCGCCUGGCUGCUGAAGCCUCUCAUUCGGCCGUCGGUCAAGGCCGCAUUGGAGGCACAGAUUGCGACAAGUAUUAGCGAGGUGCUUCAUUUCGCAAACAGGGAGUUGCUUUUUGCGCGUGAGCGUCUGCGAGCGACUCGUAUUGCCGACCCGCAAGAUUUGUGGACUUUCAUCAAGGCCGUGGCAGCGAGGUUGGCGCCACCAGAGGAUCCAGACCUGUAUACCCGCGUGGGUGUCACCCAACCUGGACGGGGCGUUUUCAAGGGGGUGUAUGCCCCCGGCAGUCUCGUCAAAAUGUGGAACGAGGAGGCUGCGCUUGCGGGAGAAAGAGUGCAUGAAUACCAAAGAGACGGUUGGCGCAACUCCAUCUUUGAUGUUGGCACCACUGGUGUCACUAUUUGA